UAUAUUUCCUCUCAACCUUAUUUUAUCACUCAAAUGUAUUUUUCUUAUGUUUUUAUAAUCUUUCCGCCCUUCCUAGUCGCUAUAAAUACUUAUUCCAUUCCUCCAUUUUCAGUUCUCUUCGGAGCCUCACUUGACCCUAAUAUGUUUAAUUGAAGAAAUAAAUAUUAUGAAUAAAUUCCUCAUUAAUUUGAGAGUUAGGGUCAUUUUAAACUUAAUAAAAUAUGUCUGGACCUCAGACAUAAUAAUAUAUUUUACAGUUAACAACAAAAAUGUUCAACUUAUAAAGACACUUUUGCUCUAUAUGAACUUUUAUGUUGAAGCUUAUAAUAUAAACAAGGAAAGCUUGAUAAGCCUGCCUUGGUUGAAGAAUGUAAUUAUAAAAAUAGGGGCAGAGAUAAACUUGUUGAGCAUAAACUCGCCUGGAAGGAAAAUUUUGAUAGAUAUUGUGAAGAAGGAAUGGUCAGAUGGAAAGGUCAAAAUGUAUUUAUAUAAAAAUUUGAAGAAUGGGAUAACUGAAUAUGAUAGAAUUUAUGAUAGUAUAAGCUUGGGUUAUUCUGAAUCAGAGAAAAGUGUGAAACACAAACAGGUAGAAAUUUAG